AUGGCAAGCAAUUUACCAGACAUGUUAGUGGACGAAUGUCUCGAGGAAAUUGUAAACGAAUACGAGACCGAAUAUUGGCGAAAAUACUUGGAGAUGACCUGGGACCAACUCAUUGAAGAGCUAGAUGACAUUCUUCACGAAUCCGACGAGUCCUUUGGGUCUAUCCCAUCCACACCCUUCAUGCAGUCACUACUACCCAGUGAGGACGAGAUGGAGAUUCAACAUGACCAUUCAUCCAUCACUCGUACAGAUGCCGCCUCAUCGACCUAUCUGAAGAUAUACUCAAGUUCCGUAGAGGGAGAAUCUGAUUGUAGCUCUCUGCUCUCAGAGUCGCUAAUUCACUUGCUUGCCCGCUUGGAGGACAUCGAGGAUAUCUCAGAAGACGACUCUGAGUAUCUGUCUCUGCGUAGCUUGGAGGUUGAUGACCAAUGGGCCAGCGAGAAGGCGGUUCAACAAUAUACUUCACAAGGUAGACCAGGUUCAUUCCUCCUUCUCGAUUUCUAA